UCGGAUUUGUUUCCACUGCGCCAUGGUGGGAACUCCUGCCUUUGAUUUUUAUUCCAAACCUUGAGUUUAUGCUGAGGUUUCCCCAGUCUUUACUGAAAGGCCCAGCCAAAGGCAUCGUUCCUGGGGCCUCACAUCAUCUCUGGGCAAAACGUGCCCUGCUUCUGACUUAGCACCAGCUGCCUGAGGACAGCAGAGCUGGAAGUGCUGGGACCAUUGAGGCUAAUUCUACUCUCCACCACCCAUUUUACAGAUGAACUAACUGAGGCAGCUGCCUAGGAGCACCUAUAGGAACUGCGAGUCCCCAAGACUCUCGGCCACCAAAAGUCCAUUAAGUAAAGAUAGUGUGUGGAUCACUUGCUGUCCUGCCUGGGCACCUACUAGAAUAUAGGAACCUGUCCAGCAUCUUGUCAACAGGACAGUAUCCACACUCUCAGGUGGCAAAAUCGGGGCCUGGAGUUACUAAAUUACUUGCCUACAGACCCGUAGUUGAUCAGGACAGAGGCCUGCCUCCAUAAGAGGAGAAGAAAAGCGUGUUCAAGCAUGGGCAGCCCUGGGCCAACUAUGCCCUGCUCUGUGCCUCAGUUUCCCAUCUGUACAGAAUGAAGCUGGAUAGAGGGUCCCUGAGAGCCACCUGCUGGACACCUGCACAGACGCCCCUGGAGAAUUCACUAGGGUUCUUUUCACCCAACCCAGCAAGAGCGCGUUGAGAAGGAAGUUAGGUCAUUCGCAUCCUUCUUCUUAUUUUAAAUUUCUGUGCCUAAGGGGUAGCCCAGCUAUUCGCUCCAUCUGAGCUGAUGUUUUAAUUGUCCCCCUUUUCUAAUUUGGCUUAGACGUGUUAGGUGCUCUCCAAUGUCCACCUUAAUUCAGGGUCAUUUAUUUCUCAGCUGUCUCCCAGAGCAUCUUCUCAUGUGUCAGAUGCUAAUAAGAGAGACAAUUAUAUGGUGCCUGGCAGGACCCUGAGCUGACACGCUUUGCAUGAUCUGCCUGACUUAACCCUCCCAUCAGGGUCGUGAAAGUUACGCCUCAUUGGGAAGAAACUGAGGCCCAGAGACGUUCAGUCCCUUCCAGCCCAUCUCGUCGCAGAGUUUUGCAUGAACUGAAGCCCAGGACUCCUGCUGCCUGCCCUCCCCUGCAUACGGGCGAGAGAGUUCUAAAGCCAGAGCAGCCUGGCUUUGUGUCCUGCCCACCAUUGACCAGCUCUUGAUCCUGGGCAACUCGAAGUCCCAGUUCCUUUUAUCAGAUGGAGGUGGAAAACUCCUACUGCACACAGAUCUGGAUUAAUCUCAGAGCAUGGCACAUCCUGGGAGCCCUGGAUGGAGGGGACCCACAGCCCAGUGCAUGGCAGGGACCAAACCGAAAGCACCAGCACCGGGCCCAGAACUCUCAAGUGUGGGACCUGAAGAGCACUCAGAUGUACCAGAUCGUUGUCAUCCAGACGGGGAGUUUUGACAGCAACAAAGCCAUCCUGGAACGGCGCUAUUCAGACUUCGAGGCGCUCCAGAAGAAACUCCUAAAGACGUUCCCGGAAGAAAUCGAAGAUGUCGUCUUCCCCAAAAAGCACCUGAUGGGGAACUUCACAGAGGAGAUGAUCUCUGAACGCAAGCUGGCCCUUAAGGAGUACCUGAGCCUCCUCUACGCCAUCCGCUGCGUGCGCCGCUCGCGCGAGUUCAUCGAUUUCCUUACGCGGCCGGAGCUGAAGGAGGCGUUUGGCUGCCUGCGCGCCGGGCAGUACACCAAGGCCCUGGACAUCCUGGUGCACGUGGUGCCGCUGCAGGAGAAGCUCACGGCCCACUGCCCUGUGAUGCUGGUGCCCACCCUGUGUGCCAUGCUGGUGUGCCACCGCGACCUGGAGCGCCCCGCCGAGGCUUUCGCGGUCGGGGAGAGGGCCCUGCAGUGCCUGCAGGCCCGGGAGAGCCACCGCUACUACGCCCCGCUCCUGGACGCCAUGGCCCGCCUGGCCUACACGCUGGGCAAGGACUUUGUGUCCCUGCAGGAGAGACUGGAGGAGAGUCAGCUUCGCAAGCCCGCCCCCCGGGGCUUCACCCUGAAGGAACUCACCGUCCAAGAGUAUCUGUGUUGAGCCGCCCUGGGGGGAGGGGGGAGGGGACGCGUGGAAGCCGGCGAUCUGGGAUCCCCACUGCGCCUGGGCCGUUUGGAGUUCAUGUUGAGAGGGAAGAGCCACUCUGGGCUCUAGCUUGCAGGGUGACUCUGAACAAGCCCCUCUUCCGGGCCUCGUUUCCCCAUCUGUGUUGAGCAGAGAUGCUCCAGGCCUCCUUGGAAGCCUCUGCUUGUGUGUCCUGUGUCCCCAUGAUGCCAGGCCCACCUCAUCUCAAAAGCACAAACCCAGCUGGCCAAACACUGGAGAAUAAUGUCCACUUUACUGGUGUUUCUGCAGGCAGCUGGAGGGGAGGUUUACAUUGCACACCACAAAGCUUAAUCCAUGUGCUCAUGCUUGCAAAUGUUCCCACCCAUUUCUUCUAAGUAUGCUAGCCCUUCCCUCUUAGGUGUAGACCAAUUCAGUAAAACAGAAGGCCAGCUUUGUCCCCGGGGUGGGCUAUGUGUACUUUAAGAUUCUGGGAUACAAGGCAUCUUUAGCAAGGGAAGUUGCCAGUGGUUUUCUGGUUUGGAUGCUAUAACUCAUGGCCUGGGGUAGGUUUUCAUUUGUAAGGCCCUUGAAUGGCCUCCCUGGAUUAUGUAGACAUAGCCCUGAAGGGAGGUGGGCCUCUGGGUAGAAGAGAUUGAAGGCUCAGCACCUCCUCAUUGGAGGGAUGAUAGCUUGGGAAGCCCUUAACUAAAGUCUGCUGUCAGGUCCCCGAGUGAAGUGGAUUCUGGACCAAUGACCAGGGGUUCAGCACAGGGCCAGAAGUUGAUGGACAGGAUGGUUUGGGCCCCUGUGCAUAUGAGGCUAGUAUUUCGAAGACCUAAGCCAUGUGGCUGAGCUUAUCCAGGUGAACUAAAGAGGCUGUAACUUGGGAACCUUAGCAGGGGGCACCACGUUGGCCUGAGCCAGGAUGUGGCUCAGCAAAGGGAUCAUGUAGCAGUGGACAGGCAUUCGCUGAACUGCACCAGAAUGUGUUCAACAGCGACACCAUGUGGCAACACCUGGAGUGGCCCAACCAGGCUCCUUCCUGGAGGUCACAGACUGACACUUUCAGACCAACAAAGCCUUCAGGUAUCUCAGUUCAUUCCAGGAGAAGGACAGUCCAAGUGGGAGAGAUUGGAUUUCUUGAAAAGCUGGGCAUGUGGAAAGUUAAAGGGUUAAAUGGAAAAAUAAAAAGAGCUGCAAUUCUUUUGUAAUGAUAAAAGA